GAAGCUAGCAGUAGCGUGUGGUUUUCGAUACGGAGUGUAUAUCAUUUUAUUUAUAAGACAGUGUGUGCUGUUGUCAGUGCAACAAAAUGAGAUAGUAACAAAAGUGGAUUCUGUUUUGGAUUUUACCAGGCACUGCCAAAGGUGUAGAACACCGUUCAUGGCCAAAUGGAUAAAAUAGAAGAAUUACUGCCAGGAAUCGAGGAUUUCCUGUGCAAGGUUUUGGCUAGGGAGGGGUUGUCCGGGCCCGCGGAGGAACAGCGCCUCUACUUCAUAGAGCGUCUGGACAUCCUCAAGCUUCCUCCAUCUCUACCUCCCCGUCACUCAGCUGGUGCCUUAGACAAGAUAUCGCCCAUAAAGGUUUCUCCAUCAAAGGAGCCCUUGUCACUGUCCCCCAAUAGGGAGCUGCCAAAAUCUCCGUCCCCUAAAAGAGAGCUGGUCAAGUCCCCGAGUUGUCAGAGCCAUGUGGUCAACGACAUCAUCGAGGACGACUUCGCUGCCUACCAGCGUGAGAUAUCCCGCGCCCUGCUGGCCAAGAGUGCGGAUGUCAUCACAGGCGAUGAUAACAACGAUGAAGAUGAUGAAGAUGAAAAGGGCGUGAAAGUUUACGACGAUAUUGACAUUGACCAGAUUCUAGCAGAAACAUCAGAAGAUUCGAAACGUAGAAAUGCUGAGGGGAUCGAUGAAACUAACUUGUACGAAAUUCCUGUGUUAAAACGACUUCCAUUCCAAGAUGAAAAUACUGAUGGGAUAUCUGACCGACCAAUCAAAGAUGUUCUUAGUGAAUCUACGUCAGCAGAACCAAGCCACACGGAGAAAAGUGAUGCUAAUAUGCCGCCACCUUUACCCCCGCCUCUCCCUCCCCGAAGAGAAAGAGCCCUUUCCGAUGCUCAAAGUCGAAGUUCAGUCGGAAGUGCCUUGGAAGAUAAGCCUCCAAGUUUACCAGAGAGACCAAAUCUACCUUCUAAAUCGGAGAUUUAUAAACAUGAUUCCAAAUCUGAGAAGUCCCUAGAUACCAUGGAUGAACUUGAUAAUUGUGAUGGGACAUCUUACGAAUCAUACGAGGAGGAAUACCAACAGCAGGAUGUGGAUGCCAUGAACAAAUUCAACAUCAAAUUACCAAAACCGUUAAAAAAAUCUAAAAGAAAUCAGAAAAUCUCCAAGUCUCGCUCCUCAAAGGAAUGGGAUAUCGCUCUGCCUUUUAGCUGUCUGGAGGAGGUGACUUUGUCAGGAGAGCUCCAGUACAAGGGGAAGCUAUCCUGGACUCGUAAGCUGGUGGCUCUUACAGAUGGACGGAUGGUGUGUUACAAGCCAGACAAAGCUGACAGUAAGCCGGCUCUGGUGAUCAACCUGACCGGGUAUGAUGCCAGCUUUGUCGAGCGAGACAAUCACAGAGGCUUUGAUAUACGUUUGAUGCAUCCAGCCAUGGAGAUUCACCACUUCCUGACGGACUUUAAGGACUGGGCCCACAUGUGGUGUGAGUACAUGAACCACAUGUCCCAGGGUAAGCCACCUCCGGGUCAGUACCACCACCUGGCUCGAGGCUCCACCUUCACUGGUCUGGCUGCAAGUCACGUGUAUGGCAGUAAGACUGACAUUGGCCAUUCAGCUUCCAACUUAUCGACCUGUAGCAGUGAUAACCAGGAGUUUGACCCGUCGUCUCUUAAACGUCGUAAACGAAAACAUUCCAGAAAAGUCAGCAGAAUGGGCUCUAUAGCUUUCCGAGCCACACAGUUUUUUGAAAACAUUGGUAAGAAGCCUGUGGCCAGGAAAUCUUCAUCGUUUCACAGUCCGUCAACAAUGAGUCUCGGGGAUCUAAAGGAGUCAAGGAUGUCGACUUGUAGUGACUCACAAGGGUUCUCCCCUCUCCCAACCCCAACAUCAUCCAUUCCAGAUACACCCGUCUUCCUCGAAGCCCCACAGGACAACAGUCUAACGCAGUCUCCGGUGGAAAAGAAAAUGUGCCAUACCGACCCUCGUAUAAAACAUCAGGGGUACCUACACAUCUACAGCAGUUUUAAUCGGCGACGUUGGGGGCGCCGGUGGUGUGUUGUACGAGGUAGUAUGCUGGAGUGUUACCGUACCAACACAAGUACUGUUUGUGAGCUGGAGGUCUGGCUCCGUAACUGUUUUCUACGACGUGCAACUACCGAGACUAAAAGUGAAUUAGGACUGAUGUUAGUGGAGAAGGAUGUGGAAAAAAUCACAAUUGAGCCUCUCAACCGGUCUGAGAUGGGGAGCUGGCUACGGACACUGAUAAAUGAGAGUAUGACUCAACAGGUCCCUGAGGGGCUGGAGGACAUGUGGGAGGAGGAAUCGCCAUACCACGACAUUAAAGCCGACGACCUUGACUCCUCGAGCGGCUUCCAAUACGAGGAUCCACCUGACCCUCCAGCCCGACCUGCCCAUCACUACGAUCUCGGGGACAAUGACACCUUAACUUCGCUGGACUUCAACAACUCACUGAGUCUGAACUCUCCACGGGACAUGAGGGAGGAGAGUAAAGAAGCUGUUAGCCCUCACGUACGUGGUGAUGUUACCGGAGAUUUAUACACACAAGUACGAAAGAGUUCCACCGGAACGCUAGAGGAAGAAGGUCAUGAUGUGACAUCUGUGAUAAAGAAUAGUUCUCUUACGAAGACUGAUGAUCUUAAUUCCUUGUUUUCUACUCCAAGGGGAGCUAACUCACCCCUUGAAGACAGGUCGGUGUUUGGUACUUCGUACCAGGGAGAUGACGAAAGCGGAGAAGGUGGUAUGUUUGCCGAUAUUUUAACCAAAAUUAAUCGCCAUUUUAGCCGAGAAAAUGGGGAAAACGAACUUGGUAACAUAAAUCAAGAUAAUUUUCGAAUAGAAAGUGAUCAUUUAAGUUCAGAAAAUGAACAGUUCACAGCAAGCUCAGAAAACACACAGGAUGAUAUAGAACAUUUGCUUUGUGAAAACGGACUUGAUGAAAUCGUAGAGGAUAGCGACUCUGAUAAAAAUACAGACACAGCAUACAAUAGCGGUGUUAAUUCAGAAAAUAGUUCCCUGGAAAGAAAAAACCGAGGCAGUGAUCAAGGAUCUCUUACACAUUCCCAGAACGACCUUGACACCAUUAGUCAGGCCACAGAUAUACUAGUUAGUCCCCUGGAGGACUCGGUCUCAUUUCCAGGCUGUAACAGCCUUGUACAUAUAGAGGUCACGAGUCCAGCUGAGGACUCAACCUGUAAAAACAUGGACCAAUCAGACAAUGGAAUCGCCUUAAUGGAGCAUUCCGAUUCUGGAGAUCUUCCGGAGAUCCAAUCCAUGGAGGAGGAUCGGAUAGAUUGGAAUAGCUCAGAGAAUAAGAAGGAUUUCAUAGAGAGCAGGACUUCACGUGACCAGUGCGACUCUGCAAUCUACGAAGCAGAAAUCGACUGUGAGCAACCGGCACAGGUGACUUUACAGAAAAUGGAGGAGUUACGAACGCAUUUAGUGGAACUGAAGGAGAAAAGAAUUUCGGUACGUGACAAGAAGAACCAGAGAGGAACUGGACAUGAGCGUGAUUCACUAGAGGAAGAGUAUUUACAGCUGGACCACGAAUGUAAACAUGUCACAGCACAGAUCGCUGUCCUGGAACAACAGGUGUAAUGAUGUGGCCUCGUGUGGCAUCGCUGUCCUAGAACAAUGUAUGGCCUCUUGUGGCAUCGUUGUCCUAGAACAACAGGUGUAAUGAUAUGGCCUCUUGUGGCAUCGUUUUCCUAGAACAAUAUGACCUCGUGUGGCAUCGUUGUCCUAGAACAACAGGUGUAAUGAUGUGGCCUCGUGUGGCAUCACAAUGAUAUGGCCUCGUGUGGCAUUAUUGUCCUAGAACAAUGAUAUGGCCACGUGUGGCAUCGCUGUCCUACAACAACAGGUGUAAUGAUGUGGCCUCGUGUGGCAUCACAAUGAUAUGGCCUCGUGUGGCAUUAUUGUCCUAGAACAAUGAUAUGGCCACGUGUGGCAUCGCUGUCCUGUAACAUUGAUAUGGCCACGUGUGGCAUCGCUGUCCUAGACCAAUGAUAUGGCCUCGUGUGGCAUCACUGACGCUGUCCUAGAACAAUGAUAUGAUUACCUUGUUGUUCUCGCGGUCCAUUUUAUUCGCUGUAGAAAAUACCAGACCAUGGAAUUAACUUGUAUAGAAAAUCAGUUUACUGAUAAUAUUGAAACCAGGCCCCAGAAGAUCUUAUCAACAGGGAAACGAGUACUUGUCAUUGUCUGGCAAUAUGAUUUAGUGAAGACAGUUGAUGAACAUUUAUUUAUCCCAGAAACCCUGUUCAUGUUUUAUCAGAUAUUUUUUGAGGUUAUCUGAUAAUUGUUUCAAGUUGUGAUUCACAAUAUGUUUUACAAAGAUGAACGGGUCUGAAUGUUUUUAAUAUAAAAGUUAUAGGUUUCUGGUUCAUCACAUCAAUUGAUCUUCUAGAUUAGUAGAUUCCUGUGGAUCAUGUGAUACAUUUUAACCAAUCACAGUUACACAUAUUUAUAAUGAGAUGUGGUAAGUUUGAAUGUGAUGCAAGUCAAAUGCAAUAUUCCCAAAAUUCUCUUAAUAUGUCAGUUUAACUAACCCAGAAUUCUGUUGAAUUCUCCAAAAUAUCCCAGAAUUCUUUGCAAUAUGUUAGUCCAAGUGAUUAUCUCAAAUUCCUGUACAAUAUGUAACUUCUAGUGUCCCAGAGUUCUGAAUGGUACGUCAGUCUGAUAUCCCAGAAUUCUGUGUGGUACGUCAGUCCGAUAUCCCAGAAUUCUGUGUGGUACGUCAGUCCGAUAUCCCAUAAUUCUGUGUGGUAUGUCAGUCUGAUAUCCCAGAAUUCUGCCCAUUACAUCAGUGCUAAAUUUUUACUUUAAACAGACAAGAGAGCUACACACAUACAUCAAGUGCUAUACUAUAGAUGAUUCUUUGACCUUUUGUAACGAGCAGUGCUAACGACAUAUUAUAUUUAGUGAAUGAAUAUUUUUAGUUUGAAGGCUUUUGCUGGAUACAGAUGAAUGUACAUGUAGUACAGCCAGAUUGGAUUUUGAAAAAAAUCAAAAGUCAACAAAUGUUUGUCAUAACUACUGAAUUAGAUUAUCUCGUCAACAAUUGUUUUUUUAUGUCAUGAUUACUGAAUUAGACUUUCUUGUCAUCAAUUGUUUAUGUCAUAAUUACUGAAUUAGACUUUCUCAUCAACAACUGUUUGUUUAUGUCAUAUAACUUUUGAAUUAGAUUUUCUUGUCAGCGAUUGUUUGUUUAUGUCAUAACUUUUGAAUUAGACUUUCUUGUCAACAAUUAUUUGUUUUUGUCAUAAUUACUGAAUUAAACUUUCUUGUCAAUAAUUAUCUAAACGUAAAGCAGUAUGAAAAAACUGCUAGAAACUUUCCCUAAUGAUGGCACUGUGACAAUUUCAAAGUCUUCAUACGAGGGAAAAGAAUGUUAUAGAUAAGUGGUGGUAUUAUUUGAUACUAAAUCUUAUUCAUGUUGUUAUAUAUGUUGUAUAUGACUCGAAAUCAAAACAAAAAAAAUCAAAGAAAAUUGUUGUCAAGUUUAUAUCAACAAAAGUACCACAAAAUCAAAUGGCCUUAAAAUAUUGGUUUAAGAGAUUCUCAAACUUUAUAAUUUGUAUGAAUUAAUAAAAAAAAGAGAUUGAGAGAACACUAUUGUUUGAAAUAUAUAUUUGUGUGGCAAAAUCAAAUCCUGUUGAUUCAAAAUUAAAUGUUUUCGCAAUAAUUUUAUAUUUUUGUUUAAAUCAUUGUGUGUUUUUUGCCUGACUUUAAGAACUCUGAAGACAGAGAAGUGAAAAACUUCUGUGAAGGGGAGACAACUUCUGUUUGUCUCCUCCAGAUAUUUUACUGUUUUGUUGAACUAGACUUGUGUUUUGUUAGACUUUUUAAAGGUUGUGCUUUUUUAUUGUAGUAGAUAAUGUUUAUAUUUUAAUAUGUUAGUGAUGAAGUAGACUACACCAGGUGUAGAUUUACAUACUGCACAGCAUUUAUUAUCUGGGAAUUUAUAUUUUCUCGAGGAGAUGGACGUCAGUGUAUUAUCUUGUACUCCCAGAGUGACUACCUUUGUGCGCCACAUCUCCACAUGUAUUCCCUGAUUAAUCUGACCAUACACUGUUUCCCACAGGUUGUCAGAUUAGACAGGUCAAUCUCACAAAUAUGUGGUGUCUCACAAUAUUGUGCUGUGUGUGCCAUGUUUUGAAACUGUAUCCCAAUUCCAAAUUAUUUUGAGAGAAAAAAACAAAUAUUGUGAAAGUUUAUGUUCCAUACUCAUGAGUUUGGACGCCAUUGAAGAAGAUAGAAAUAUACCUUCCAGAAAUGUUUGCUGUGCAGUAAUAUAUAAACUUGUCAUCCCUACAUGGGGCCGAGUCCAUUCCAACAGUUAGGGGUGACAGGUGCUGUUAAGUUUGUAUAAAUACAUCUAGUUGCAUUCAUUUUUUUAUUUCAUUCUUAUUCCUAUAUAUUUAUUGGAUGAUUCCAUUUUUGUAUUUGUGUGUUGUCCUUCUUGACCCAUCUCACCUGAUAGUGGAUAAGACUUGUCCAGGAAAAUCAGGGGUGAAAUCCAGACCCAGAAAAAUCUGUAGUGUACGUUGGCUGGGCCCAGAGAAAUCUGUAGUGUACCACUGGACCAUUGGCCGGACCCAGACAAAUCUGUAGUGUACCAUUGGACCAUUGGCCGGGCCCAGAGAAAUCUGUAGUGUACCACUGGACCAUUGGCCGGGCCCAGAGAAAUCUGUAGUGUACCACUGGACCAUUGGCUGGGCCCAGAGAAAUCUGUAGUGUACCGUUGGACCAUUGGCUGGGCCCAGAGAAAUCUGUAGUGUUCUAUUGGACCAUUGGCCGGGCCCAGAGUUUUUUUGAUAGGACAUACAUUACUUACCUUCAAUAUUCAGUAGGAAAUACAAUUAUUUUGUGAGUGAUUAUGCAAAAAGAUUUAUUUAAAAUAUUCACAAACACUUGCCCAGAUUUUUUUAGAGCAAAUAGAAUAUUCUAUGCUUUAAACUUAUUGACAAACAUUAUCUUAGUGUUGAAGUUUCACCAAACUUAUUUUGAGGAAUGGUAUGAGGGAUAUAUAGAAAAAAAUACAUGAUAACUUUCAAUAUAAAUUUAGAAAUUUGUAGAAAUCUAGGACUUUGAUAUCAUUGAUGUUGGAGUUCUAUUAGAUAUCUGUUUGGAUUUUACCUCAUAUUUUGUAUCUGGUUUUAGCAAACCAUUAAUGAUACUCAAAAAAAAAAAA